UUCCCGAAGUUUAUAGUUAUUGUAAGAAGCAAGAAAGGAAACUGAAACUGCCCUUUCUAGGCUUUUAAAUAGGAGCACUUGCACAUAAACCUCAGUAGUGAGACAUCCUUUGUGGCAGAAGCUGUUCUUAGGAGAACUUUCCUCAUCAGGCAAAAUCAGCCUCCAGACUGACCAAAUACCUGACCCAAGAGAAGCUUGUUAAGACAUGGCUCCUUUUGGUGAUGCAAAGCUCUUUUUUGGCAUCUUUUUCAUCGUCUGCUGCUUUUCAGUAACUAUGGCGGAGGUUGCAGUCGACUGCUGCCUGUCAGUGAAAAACCGAGAACUUGAUAAAAGACUGUUUGUAGACUACCGGGAACAGGCCAAAGGCUGCACUAUCGAUGCCACAAUUCUGGUGACCAGACUUGGGAAACAGCUCUGCGUCCCAACCAAGGAGGAAAAGUGGGUACAAGUAGUGAUGAAACACGUGGAUCACCUGAAAAAAAUAUGCAAAAAACUGAAUUACAAGAGCAAACGCUGUACUGGAAUGAAGCCUGAAUAAAACGACCUCUGACCCUUUGGAAGACAGAGUGCAAGACGAUGAAUCAAGCUAUUAUUUUUUUCCUGUUAUCAAAGAGCCUUUUGUGUUUUUUACUUCUUCUGAUAUUUCUCUUUUUAAAAAAUCGGUAUAUUGAUUAAACUGCAAUAAAAACACACCAUAUUGAAGGACUUUUAUUUUUUUACUCAACAUUAUAUUUUGUAUGAAGUCUUUCAGAGAUAUAUAUAUAUAUAUAAAUAUAUGUGAGAAGGCUGUUUAAUGUGUUGCUGCAUAAGAUGACAUAUUGUUGUUGGUACAUGGUUGUUUUAAU